CCGCGCCCCCCUCCUCCCUCCUCCUCCCCCCUCGGCUUCAAAACAAACCGUCACCAAAAUGGUGCAGAGGUGAAGGAGGGAGCGGGAGGAAGGGGAAGAGGUGGCGGCUCGGCCUGGGCGCUGCGGGGACAGUUGGAUUGAGGAGCGGUGGCUGCAGCUCAUCCCUGCCAGGAGCAGAAGAUGCAGGAGGCUGCAUAGCAGGUUUCUGAGCAGCUGCUGACGUCUCAUCGCCGCUGGGUCAGCCUGUGCAGGCCGGUACCAUGAACUGAGCACGGAGCCGCGCCGAAAUAUUUUUUUUUUUUUGUUUUGGCUUUUUUUUUUGGGGUUUGUUUUCUGCCUGAGAGAAAAGCCCCCCAGGCUCUUGGAUGCAAGCAUCCUAAAGUGGGGUUGCUGCUCCCCUCCCUGAGCCCCAGUGGUCCCGGCUGUGCUGAGGAUUUGCCGAGAAGAUGGGGAGGAAAAAGAUCCAGAUCCAGCGGAUCACGGACGAGCGCAACCGGCAGGUGACCUUCACCAAGCGUAAGUUUGGCCUGAUGAAGAAAGCCUACGAGCUGAGCGUGCUGUGCGACUGUGAGAUCGCCCUCAUCAUCUUCAACCACUCCAACAAGCUGUUCCAGUAUGCCAGCACCGACAUGGACAAGGUGCUGCUCAAGUACACCGAGUACAACGAGCCCCACGAGAGCCGGACCAACGCCGACAUCAUCGAGACGUUAAGAAAGAAAGGUUUUAACGGCUGUGACAGCCCAGAGCCCGACGGCGACGACUCCAUAGACCAGAGCCCCUUGAUGGAGGAUAAAUACCGCAAAGGCAGCGAGGAUCUGGAUAUCCUGUUCAAGAGAUAUGGUUCCACAGUGCCCGCUCCGAACUUCGCCAUGCCCGUGACGGUGCCGGUGACCAACCAGAACUCGCUGCAGUUCAGCAACCCUGGCAGCUCUCUGGUCACCCAGUCCCUGGUGACCUCCUCGCUGACAGACCCCCGGCUCCUGUCCCCACAGCAGCCAGCCUUGCAGAGGAACACCGUGUCCCCAGGGCUGCCACAGAGGCCAGCCAGUGCAGGGGCGAUGCUUGGGGGAGACCUGAACAACACCAACGGAGCCUGCCCAAGCCCCGUGGGAAACGGCUACGUGAGUGCCAGGGCCUCUCCGGGGCUCCUGCCCGUGUCCAACGGCAGCAGCCUGGGCAAGAUCAUCCCGGCCAAGUCCCCUCCGCCACCAGGGGCGCACGGGGCGCAGCUGGCCCCGAACAGCCGCAAGCCCGACCUGCGAGUCAUCACCUCGCAGGGCAGCAAGGGGCUGAUGCACCACCUGACCGAGGACCACCUGGCUCUGCAAAACACACAGCGCUUGGGUGUCUCUCAAGCAACUCACUCUCUGACCACACCAGUCGUGUCCGUGGCCACUCCGAGCCUGCUGACACAGGGGCUGCCCUUCUCUGCCAUGCCCACAGCCUACAACACAGAUUAUCAGCUGACCAGCGCUGAGCUCUCCUCGCUGCCGGCCUUCAGCUCACCUGGAGGGCUGUCCCUUGGCAACAUCUCUGCCUGGCAGCAGCAGCAGCAGCAGCAACAGCAGCAGCAGCAGCAACAGCAGCAGCAGCAGCAACAACAGCAACAGCAGCAGCAGCAGCAGCCGCAGCAGCAGCCGCAGCAGCAGCACCUGGUCCCGGUGUCACUAGGAAACUUAAUACAAGGGAGUCACUUAUCCCACACCACCACGUUGACUGUCAACACCAACCCCAACAUCAGCAUCAAGUCGGAGCCCGUGUCGCCCAACCGCGAGAGGAACACUGCCACCCCGCUGAGCACCUUCCCCCACCAGCCCCGCCACGAGCCCACCGGCCGCUCGCCCGUCGACAGCCUCAGCAGCAACACCAGCUCCUACGAGGGCAGCAGCGAGCGCGACGACCCCGCCCGGCCCGAUUUUGGCUCCUCCCUGGGUCUCCUGCGAGCCAGCGGCGAGCCCGAGGGGGAGAGCCCCUCCGUAAAGCGCAUGCGCUUGGAUACCUGGGUCACAUAACCAGCGAGCCGCAGAGGGGCUGGCAGAAGGGCAGGGGGAGGGUGAAACGGGUGAUGGGGUGUGGGGUGUUGGGGGGGGAUGUUAUCAUAAACUGCCUGAGAAAUAGCUUUAGGAUUUUGUAGGCAUUCAUUCUAGCACAGCAGCAGGGACGCAUGCAGGGCAUCCGGGCCAGGGCUGGGGGAGUGGGGGCUGCAGGGGGGUGAAUGUGUGCUCACCAAGCCCAGGGAUGCUCCCCUGAGGACCAGCAGGGACCCCUUGGGAGGUGGGAGCCCAGCCCUAAGCAGAGCACCUGCAGCAGGAUGGGCUCUGGGGGGAGAUGGGGCACAGAGCACCCCAAAAUGCACCUUCCUGGCCAUUCCUGUGGCUGCCCGUGCAGGGAGGGGCAGGUCAGACAUGAGGCAGCUCUCUGGAAGCUUGAAGGGCUUUGGUAGGCACAGGUUUUUCUACAGAAGGGCUUUCCUCCAGAAGGGUUUUCCUUCAGAAGGAUUUUCCUUCAAAGGAUUUUCCCCCAAGGUUUCUCCAAGGGUUUACUUCAAAGGGUUUUCUGCAGAAGGUUCUCAAAGGUUUCCUCAAAGACUUUCCUCCAAAGUUUUCCUUCAGAAGGCUUUUCCUUCAAAAGGGUUUUCCUCCAUAAGGGUUUUCCUUCAGAAGGGUUUUCCUCCAGAAGUGUUUUCCUCCAGAAGGGUUUUCCUGCACCAGCUGGGAAGGGAGGUGAGGAGCAGCUCAGGGAUGCAGCCACAUCCACAGCCUGCUUCAGGGAAGCUGCAUCAGGAGGAAGAAGAGGGAGAUUUUUAAGGCUUAGUCCCAUUUGCAUGACAGUCCCAUUUCCUACCCGAGCAGGGAACUCCACUGUUCCUCACCAGGGUCACUGGAACACUGGAGUUCCUGUUUCCCUCACCCCCACCUGGGCACAGCAGGUGUGUGGAGAAGGGAUUUUAGUGCUGGUUUGGAGAGAAAAUUAUGGAUUUUAGCAAACAACGUCCAUAAAAACAUUUGAGAAAUGUUGCACAUGGGCCAAAGCUUUAAAUCAGGAAAAUGGGAAGAAAUUAUUUUUUUACUGAAAGAUGCAACUGAAGUAACGAUCCUAAAAUGAGAUUUUGCCUGAAGGUUUCUAGGCCUCAAAAGGCAACAGUGAGCUGUGCAGAAAAUCUCCUUCAGCAGUGAUUUGGUGGAAAGAAAAAGGAAAAACUGAGGGAUUUCCUCAUGCUGCCACUUGCUCUGGCAAUUUCCCAGGGAUGGGUGUUGGUGCCCUGAUCCCAAAAUGCAUCAACCUGCUCAUGGUUGGAGGGUUUGGAGGAGAAGGGGCCGUUCCUGGAGGGUUUGGAGGAGAAGGGGCCGUUCCUGGAGGGUUUGGAGGAGAAGGGGCCGUUCCAGGAGGGUUUGGAGGAGAAGGGGCCGUUCCUGGCUGGCAUUGCCAUUAGGGAUGGGCUCUGUCCCUGCAGGUGCUCGUGCUGGUGUCCCCUCCCAGCCUGCUGCCCUGUCACCCUGUGCAGGGCCACCCCAAGGCUGACAGUCCCAAACUGGCACCAAACCUGCCCAGGUGCCACCUUUGCCAGCUGGAGCUUGGCCAGCUUUGGGGGGCUGUGGAGGAGCUGGGGGUUCCUGGGGUUCAGCUCAACCCUGAAGCAGAGCAAAGGGAGAGGAGCUGAGUCAGGCUGGGCUUUAUCCCUCUGCCAGGUGUCAGCAGCCAGCUCAGCCUUGGAAUGAGGCAGAUGGCAUAAAAACCUCCCAGGAUGAGGGCAAAACCAAAUUGAUGGGGUUUUACAAACUUUUCCCAACCAAAAAGUUUCUAAUUAGAAAAACAAGACCAAAAAAAAAAAAAAAAAGCUGGUGAUUAUUGUGGGAUGAACAGGGCUGCCCAAAGGGAGUGGUUGGAGGAGAGGAAAUCCUUCAGGAGCUGGGUGAGAAUUAGGAGCUGGUUUUGUGGCUCAGGGUGGUGGGUGCUCAGCAGUGCCGGCGUUCUGGGUGCCCUCAGCACCAUCCCUGCUCGUGGAUCAAGGCAUGGAGACAGAUCAACAAACAGAACCCUCCCCUCCACACCUCCAAAGACCAAAUUCCUGCCACAGAUGACAGCUUUAUUCUUCUCCAGCCAUCAGUUUGGAAUUCCCUCUCCUGUUCCAUGCUCUGGGUGGAUGAGAGGAGGAAAGGACCCCUGGCAGGUUUUGUGCAUUGAACCCCCCCGUGCCCCCUCCCCAGCCACACCCAGCGGGUACCAGGGACACGCUGGGCUCUCACCUCUGCAAUGCCAGCACCAGGAGCUGAUCUUCCUCCCUCCCUCAUCCCUGCCAAGCCCUUGGGGAAGCAGGAGAGCUGCUGUGGACCGUGGUCUUCCUCGCCCGCCCCGCCGGACGUACCUGGACGCGCACCUGAGCUCUCUUUGCACGGCCUUGCUUUGGAAAUUAGGCGGGAUAAUGACGUCUCAUCGCUCUCGGGGUUUUUUUUUUUGUAUUUUAUUUUAUUUUUUGUUCACAAAAAAUAAACUCAACCCAAGGAACCCCACGGGAGCAGCGUGGCAGGAGGGCCCAGCUGGCUCAGAGACCCCGGAGAGGAGGCAGCAGUGGAGACCCCCCCAGAUCUCAAUGCCCGUCAGGAGAGGGGGGAAAAAACCAAAAAAACCCAUUUUUGCUCAUUGACUUCACGCCCUGACUCCCAAGUUCACACUUCUGCCUGGAAGCUGAGAGGCUGGAACCAUGAAACCAAGAGACAAACGCUGGGAUGGGCACAUGCAGGGUCAGAUCUGCCCGGCUGGAUCUGCAGCUGCAGCACUCGACGCUCCCUGGGCUGUGCCAUGGGCAAGGAUGGCUCUGGUGCCAGGGGCAAGGAUGGCUCUGGUGCCAUGGGCAAGGAUGGCUCUGGUGCCAGGGGCAAGUGCAGCUCUGGGCUGAUGCCAGGGGCAGGUCCAGCUCUGGGUUGGUGCCUGUGGCUCUGGGCUGUGCCCAGGGCAAGGAUGGCUCUGGUGCCAGGGGCAAAGAUGGCUCUGGGCUGGUGCCAGGGGCAGGUACAGCUCUGGUGCCAUGGGCAGGUACAGCUCUGAGUUGGUGCCUACAGCUCUGGGCUGUGCCAGGGGCAAGGAUGGCUCUGGUGCCAGGGGCGGGUACAGCUCUGGUGCCACAGGCAGAUAAAACUGUGGGCUGUGCCAGGGGCAGGUACAGCCCGGGGUUGGUGCCAGGGGCAGGCCCAGCACUGAGUUGGUACCAACAACUCUGGGCUGUGCCAGGGUCAAGGACAGCCUUGGUGCCAGGGGCAGGUCCAGCGCUGGGCUGUGCCAGGGGCAGGUCCAGCUCUGGGUUGGCACCUACACCCCUGGGCUGUGCCAGGCUCAUGGGGAGGUGGGCAUGCCCAGGUCAGACACGCCGUUGGCCUCACAUCACAGUGAAAGGGUUUGGGGGCUGUUUGUCGGGGUCUUCACUUUGCUGGGGGCUUGGGGUUAUUUUAUUAUUAUUAUAUUCUAUUUUUUUUUUUUGUCCGGGUCAUUAUCCUUUAUUUCCCCCCUCCCCCAGCCUGUAGUAUCUGGUAAACUCCUCCUAAUUUUCAAAAGACAACGAGAAGAAUGACAAUCUAAGAAACCAACACCCUCCUUUGUGCUUCUAUAAAUAUGUUUCUGAUCUAAUUUUAUUUCUCGUGCUCAUCUGUACUGUUGACAGUUACAAUUGUGUAUAAUUUUUUUUUUAAUUUGGAAUUUUUGCGUUGUAUAGGGUUUAGUUUUAAAAUAUAUAUAUAUAUUUUCCAUUUUUUAAAAAGGGGUGUUGCAAAAAAAAAAAUUGCACGAUUUAAAUGACAAUAGUUAAAAUGCUGCAGUUUUUAGAGAUGUGGAAGCAAAAUGGAGCUUAUUUAUUCUCAAAGGCUAUAAAGGUGUAAAAUGCAUGAAGAAAAAAAAAAAGCAUUUACAAAAAAACCAAAAAAAAGACAAAAAAAGUGUAACCUGAACAAAGUGUAGCGUUAAAGAUUUUAAAGGAUGACAACAACAAGAAAAAAAGAAAAAAAAACCAACAAAAAAACAGCUAAUAUAUUGUGUUUGGGCUAGUUUGCUUUUGUUUUUAAUUGUUCCUUUUUUGGAGAAUGAAAUACAUUUGUGUAUAUUUUCAUAUAAGAAGUAUGCACUGAGAUGUUUCCAAACUGAUAUAUUCCUUUCUAAACGUGUGGUUACUUAACCAAAGUCUGUUUCUGAUCUUUUACCUUCUAAAACUCUCUCUCUGUGGAUGCUCCAGCCCUCACCUGAGCCCAGGUAAGGCGGGGUGGGGGCAGCGGCACGGCCCCCUGCCCGCGGGGUGCCAGGGGUGCCAGGGGGCUGAGCCGGGGGGGCUGGCACAGGGGGGCUGUGACCCCCGGCCUGGGGAGGCUGGUCUUUCCCAGGGCUUGGCAAAGCUGGGGUUUGGGGUGUCUGUGCCCGUUUUUGGGGUGUCUGUGCCGGGUUUUGGGGUGUCUGUGCCCAUUUUUGGGGUCUCUGUGCCCGUUUUUGGGGUCUCUGUUCCGGUGUGGGGUUCAUCCUUUGGGGGGCACAGAGCUCUGCCGUGGGCUGGGAUGGCUGAGGUGUGUGCAGAGAGGAGGAGGAGCAUGAAGGGAGGAAGAAGGGAGGAGGUCCCAGGGUGUGGCUCAGGUGAUGCUGCUGCUGGCAGCUGUAGGAGAAGGAUGGGGUGGGAAUCACCUGCCCAGCCCUGCAGGAGAUUUGGGGUUGGAGCAGGACCCUGAAUGAUGGAUAGCACCUAAAAUAGUGGGAAGGGCACUGAAAGGGGCCUAAAAUGCUGCCUGGGAGCAGUGAGGAUGGUGAUGGACCAGUGGGGGUGGUCCUGCCUGCUCUGGGGGCUCUGCAGGUGGUGAGCUGGGGUUGGGUGGUCAGCUGGGGUUGAGUGGUCAGCUUGAAUUGGAUGGUCAGCUGGAGUUGGAUGGUCAGCUGGAAUCAGCUGGGGUUGGAGUGGUCAGCUGGAGUUGGAUGGUCAGCUUGAAUUGGAUGGUCAGCUGGAGUUGGGUGGUCAGCUGGAAUCAGCUGGGGUUGGAUGGUCAGCUGGAGUCUGGUGGUCAACUGGAAUCAGGUGGUCAGUUGAGGUUGGAUGGUCAUCUGGGGUUGGAUGGGCAGCUGGAAUCAGGUCGUCAGCUGGGCUUGGGUGGUCAGCUGGGGUUGGAUGGUGACCUAGGGUGGAGUGGCCAGCUAGGGUUGGAUGGUCAGCUGGGGUUGGAGUGGUCAGCUGGGAUCAGCUGGAGUUGGAUGGUCAGCUGGGAUCAGAUGAUCAGCUGGAGUUGGGUGGUCAUCUGGGGUUGGAUGGUCAGCUGGAAUCAGGUGGUCAGCUGGAAUCAGCUGGAGUUGUGGAUGGUCAGCUUGAAUUGGAUGGUCAGCUGGGAUGGAGUGGUCACCUGGGGUUGCAUGGUCAGCUGGAAUCAGCUGGGGUUGGGUGGUCAGCUGGAAUCAGGUGGUCAGCACGUGCACAGGGUGACCCCUGCUUAGGGGGUUGUUUGGUGGUAGCAGAGAGCCUGGCUGUGCAGGGACAGGGACAGAGCCUGGCUGUGCAGGGACAGGGACAGAGCCUGGCUGUGCAGGGUGUUUGAAUGAAGAGCUCGUGCUGGGGCAGGCUGGCGGUGCCUGUGGGGGUGUCAGGGGCACCUGAGCCCCCAUGGGGGCUGUGGUUGUGGCAGGGACGCUCUGGGGGUCCCCUGAAGAAGGGUUUGUUGCUGUGGGGUGUCUGAGGCCACUGCCACGUUGGGGUCUGGGGGCAGUGGAAGUGUUAAAUCCAGAGCUGGUGGUGAUGGGCCUGGGGAAAGUGGGGCAAAGAGAAAGAAAAUAUUUCCUUUUCCUUCCCCCUUUUCACUUCCCUCUUCCUCUCCAGAAUAAUUUCAGCAAACCAAGGAAAAAGCAAAUUCACAAAAAAACAUCCCCACCUUUUCCUUGAAAAUUUCACUUCCUACACUUUUUCCUCCCCUUGUGUUGCUUGGCUGGGGGGGGUUCUUCCCCCCAUCACUUUGGGUGUGAAUUGGGAUCUUGGGGUGUUUGUCACCAGUGCUGGGGACAAGGCUUGGCUGGGCUGAGGGGCACUUGGUGCUCUGGGGGUCCCCUCUGCCCUCCUGGGGAGAGGGGAGAGCAUCCACCAGCUGGGGAAGGAGCAUUUCCCAGCCCCUCCUCCGCUCUGCCACAUCCUGCCUCCCCUCCCUCCAGCUGGGGGCACAAUCUGGGGAUGUUUGGGGGAUUUUCACCACCCAAAAUAGUGAAAAUUCAUCCCCAUCCACUUCUCCUGGGCUGUGUCUAACAGUGGGCUUCAGCUGAAGGUUUGCUCUGGUUUCCCGUGUUCAUCCUUUUAUUCCACCUUCCCCUCUCACUCACUUUUCUCUCUCUCUUUUUUUUUUUUGUGUUUAUUUUUUUCUCUUUUCCACAAAAAAACCCAACCAGACCCACAAACCAAGUAUUAUGUUUUCACUACCUCCAUCCACCACCCUUCCUUGUCCAAAGCAGGAAGCCACAUUUGGGAUGUAAGAGGGCCUUUCCCCCUUUAUUUUCCCCUUUUCCCUGGUGAUUUUCUCUCCCUUCUGUCCCUCUGCCCCCUCCUCUCUCUGGUCUCUCACCUGUAGUAUUUUACCUGGCUACUGUAACUGUAAAUAGCGAGUUUCAAUCUGUUAGCAAUGGUAACAGUACAGAAAACUGGUUUUGGGUUUUUUUUUUUGUUUUGUUUUUUUUUUUUUUUGUUGUAUUGAUAUGAAAUGAGAUUAUAUUUUUGUCAGAGUAUAUUGUAAUAAUACUGACUUUGGACAUGG